CCAGCGCCAACGAGUGCAAGCUGGUCGACUACCGGGCGCAGAAGGUGGCCGCCUUCAUCAUCAACGGCGAGACGAUGCUGUGCCUGCCGCAGGCCUUCGAGCUCUUCCUGAAGCACCUGGUCGGCGGACUGCACACGGUCUACACAAAGCUGAAGCGGCUGGACAUCGUGCCUGUGGUCUGUAACGUGGAGCAGGUGCGCAUCCUGCGCGGCCUCGGCGCCAUCCAGCCGGGCGUCAACCGCUGCAAGCUGCUGUCCAUGAAGGAGUUCGACGUGCUCUACAAGGACUGCACCACGGCAAGGUGA